CGGCGUGAGGUCGGGUGCAGCUCCGUACGACGCACAGGGAACUUUUUUUUGUAUAUCAGAGAACAUUCGCCAACAUGGAAGUGGAAGCGGAUAUAUAGUGCCAACUCCGAGGAAAAUGAAGCUUUGAGCAUUUUUUAUUUUUUCACUCGCCGAGAUUCUGAUUUGUUAGUGUUUGUGACUAGUGACGUGCAAAUUUGAUUGGAUACUGUUAAAAAAAGAGAUAAUAGUGAUUUUUGUGAGAAAAUAGAGAAUAAACAAGUGGGAACAUGUUAUUAUUUAGCAAAAGAACUUUGGUGCCACUUAUUAGUGCGUUUUUAGUGGCAUUCUUCGUCACGUCAUCUGCAGACUGCCCUGAUGGUUGGUUCGUGUGCGAAGACAGGUCGGCCUGCGUGGCACCUGACCUUCUACAGGACGGAGUGCCAGAUUGCUUGGACGAAACUGAUGAAGUGUGUGACGACUGGCAGCACGAGUGCCUGUGCGGCUUCCCGAGAUGCAUCGACGUCUCUCUCGUAGGAGACGGUGUCCUCGACUGCCUGGAAGGGUCGGAUGAGCUGGCCAUUGACAAAGACACGUACAUCUGCCCUGCCGAGGUCGCAGAAGGUCAGGAGAUGCGCAGGAAACGACGACAGGCUAAUGCUCCUGUGAGAAUCCCUGUCCAUGGUACUUUCUUCACUCAAAGUCCCAGUGGGCAGCAUGCAAAGCUGGAAGUGAGCUUGGUCGAAGGUGUCCUUAAGCCUGAUCCGGUGGGAGAUGAGAUCGUGACACUUAUGGGAACCCAAGGACAGUUCAUCAAGGAGGGGGUUUCACAGGCCACAACUUACAAUGUGUUCACAGGGUCUUACGUUAAGGAGCUCCGCACUUACCUGUUCUUCUUUGGAAACACUGCUUUGCCAGGACACACACUGGAUGUGGGAGAGGUUGAGCCUUCUGAGACAAUGCACACUGAAGUUGUUGUUAAGAAGGGGGGAGUACAGUCGAAGAUUCUGGUCGACAUGGAGAAGGACCUCCAGGUUAUUAUGCCUUCCAAAACUCACAUUAUAGACGCCACUGUUGCCCCCGAUCUCCUGAUGGGUGAGGGAAUGAUUGACGGCCGUAAAAUGGGAGGAGUUUUCAUCGAAGGAUCCGAAGGUUUUGAGAUGGAGGGUGCCCAGACCCAGAGCGGUGAAACGAGCAUGCUCACGAUCACCAUUGGACGCCCAGUAGCCCACACUCGCAUCAUUCAAGCAUCCUCUGUUGUGAAUCCAGAGGAGGUGACAGUACUUAGCAUGGAAGAAAAGCUUCGCGAGACAGAUGUAAUGGAUAACGAAAUUGAUGACUCACUUUUGCGAGCUCGCAAGGUACAUUUUACUGGUGAUGAAAUCAUUGCUGACCUGCAGCCUUCUCCUCCUGUAAAGGUUGAUAUUCCCACCUUUACAAUUGACCACUCUAAUGUGCCCCUCGAGGCUGUAGUGGGAGUCACUAGGAAAAAUUCUGUGGGGAAGAGUGUCAGUGAAGGUCACCAGCAGUCAUCUCAGCGUGAAGGAAAGUCCAUUGAUGACAUUCGUGCUAAAUUCAACCUGGAGACUGGAGGUGAAGAUUCUGACCUGCCUACUGUAACUUAUGUAGGUUUUGCAGACUUCACAACCACUAUUGCUGACACUGUAGUAGUUUUCACCCCACGAUCAGGUUCACCUAACAAGGUUCUCAAGCCCCAGGUUGCACCAACAAAAGAGGUGGCACCAACUAAAGUUCUGAAUCCAACUCUGGCAACUGAGGUUACUGAGGUGAAAUCUUUAGCACCGCGUCUUGCAACUUCUCGCCACAGUGAAGAGGAAAUUAUCAUUGGAACUCCCUCUCAGACUCCUCCACUUAGGACAGCAGAGAAUGUUGCCAAUGAAAAGAAUGUGGAAACAAUGAUGGUGUCCAAGACAGAAGGAACAAUAGUGAACACAGCUGGAAUAGAUGAUCAUGCCACUGAGGGUAAGGACCUUUUCACCAUCUCUACCAUCUCUACUAAGCGCUUCAACACUAUUGACUUGUAUCCUACAGGUCUUGUGUCUUCUAUUGGUGGCACCAUUGCGAUGAAUGACAUGACAACUCUCUUGACCACCUAUGUGUAUGGUACUUACAUACAAGGACAGUAUGCUCAAAUUGUGCAGAGUACAUCUAGCAUUUUCUAUCUUGUGCCAUUGUCAUCAACCCAAGACAUCCAGGCAACUAAGCCAUUUGAAACCAUUACUUCAACCAUAAACUUCGACUACCCAGAACCUACAACAGAAUUCUUUGAUAUUUAUGAAGAAUAUGAUUAUGAGGGAGCCACAACAGAAGAUCUGCCUCCAAAGGUGUUUGAAGAAAUUGUUGAUAAUGCUUUAGGCAGGUCGGUUGCAUCCAGUCCCAAUCAGCAACAGAUUGUGGACACAGACAAAGAAAAUGACCAAACAGAAUCCCCACUGAAGCCAGAUCCAGUUGAUGAUUUAAUAGAUCACAUCACCACCCUCACCUUCUACACUACCUACUUCAAAGACAGUCAGACAACUGUUUCCACCAGACUGGAGACUUCAACAGUCCUCCGUCCCUUCCUCUUCACCCAAGAUUCCACACUUGAGGCAACUCCCACUGAAGAACCAGAAAUUUCUGCUACUGAAGAAUUGACAACCCAUACUGUCUACACUACCCUGUUUGUUGAUGGGUCGUCUACUGUUUCUAGCCAGAUAGAAGUGCACACCAAAGGUGCUGGGGAGAGUAUCCAGAAUGAUUUCUCUUCUGUUGCCACAACUAUUCUUCCUACUUUUACUGCAUUGGAAGUAGACAGUGCUACUAUUACACCUGAUACUACACCAUCAGAUGAAGUUGCUGUGGUAGAAGCAAUCAGCAUUGAUGAGUAUGAUCUGACCACUGAAUCAGUAGUUGAAUCUUUCACUGAGUCCAUGUCAGAAUCUAUGUCAGAGUCUUCGACAGAUAGCUCUGCGCAGGAUGUGACAGAAGCUCCAGGAUUCUCCCUGGAUUCCUCAUUAAACCCCGAAGAAGAAGUGAGCUCAGGUUUCUUACCACGCACAUAUUACACCACAUACACGUACUUUACCACAUACUACCGCUCGGGCACCUCGUCUAUUGUGAGCAGCCUUGAGACCGAAACUAAUGUGGUAACCGAUCCUGGUGACCAGGAGAAAUAUAAGACUCUUACUCCUGAAGUGCCAACAUAUCCUGUCACCUACUAUACCACAUUUACCUACUGGACAACGUACUUCAAGGGAAAUACAACUUCAUCUGUGAGCUCUGAGACGACAUAUUCUAAUGUUAUAACACCUACAGCACAAGUGAAGCCAACCAUUGUUCCUGAACUUCUCCCUACAGUUUCUCCAUCUCCAACAUUUGUAUCAACAACUAAAUCUAGUACUCCUGCUGUGACAACAUUCUAUACAACUUACACAUAUUAUGCCUCCACUUACAUUGGAGAUUCCAUAAUUGUAAACAGCCGAUUGGAGACGAAAACCGAAGUUGUAACUGCAACCCCCACUCUUCCAGUGUUUGCUACAGCUACUGAAGAAUCUACUAAAUCAUCUAUUGCUCUUCCAUCAAAAUCAACUGGACUAUUGUCCACCAUUCGAGGCAGCACUGUGGUUGAUGGAACUACAACAAUCUUCUCAACAGACAUUAUUGGCACAGUGGUUGAUGGCCUUUAUGCUCAGAUUCAGUCGACAACCAGCUUCACUGUGGCUCCUACUACCACAAGUACUCCUGUCUUCCUUUUGCCAGCACUCAGCACAGAAACAACAAAGGAAACUCCAUUCUUCCUCUUCCCAACAAGUGAGGACACCACCACCUCUAGAUCGACUCCAUUCUUUAUCUUCCCACUUACCACCGAGGAUACAACAACAGAAACAACUCCUUUCUUCAUCCUUCCCACUUCAGAGGAGAAAGAGUCAACCAGCACCCCAUUCCUUCUGUUCCCUACUGUCACAGAAGAAACAACCACUGAAAGUGAAACUGUGCCAUUCUUCAUUUUCCCAACAACUACUCAAAAGACACCAUCUAGUCUUGCUACCAUUGAAGAAUUGUUUUCAGCUAUUGCUGGGAGUGUUCUUGAUGCUCCUACAUCUCGACCACAAAUUUUCAUCACACCAACUCUUGACUCAUCACUGAAUGAUGCUGCCACAGAUACAUUACCCAUAGAGUCAGCUACAGAAGCUUUACCUGAGGAAGAAGCAGUUACAGAACCCCCAGAGGAAGAGGUCAUUGUUUCUCCCACAACAAAGAGCAAACUACAAUUUGCCUCAACAUUCCCAGGCUUCAAAAAACGACCGUCUGGUUCUCGCAAUAGGCCAGACCUCUUCCCUUUCAUAAGACGUUCAAGCUUCCGACAGUGGUCUGGAACUGUUACAAAUACUGGCUUGACUCCUACUGUCACAGCAACACCUGCAAGCAAUUCUGAUACUGCAAGAGCAACUUCAUCCAGUCGCCCAUUCAGGUUUGGUUUUGGUACUUCAUCAGUAAGGACAACACAAACAUCCUCACUCCGUUUACGAUUCUCAACUCCUGGUGCAUUUGGUACUUCCAGUAUUAGCUCAGGUGUUGCCAGGACCAGCAGCCCAAGACCAGGAAGUACCUCUGGCUUUAGAUUUGGUUCAACUUCAAGUGUGCUGAGAGGUUCCAGCAGUCCAGGUGGCUUUAGAUUUGCUGGAACCCCUUCAUCAGUUUUUCCUGGUAGUACUAAAUCCAUAUCACCAUCAUCUGUCUUCACAGGAUUCACAGUAACAGCUGCACCUGAGUCUGACCUUGAAAUAAGCAUAGAUGAUGAGGAUAAAUCUUCCUCUAAUAACCCUGAAUCAGGUUUUAGGCCUUUUAGUUUCCGUCCGAGACAGCCAUCAAAUGCCCCAGGAACACGAUCCUCUAUUCCAUUUGCACUCCUUAAUCGUCGACCAAACACACCAAACACACCAAAGAGACCAAGUGCAAGUGUGAGUCGAUUUACCCCCAAGGAAAACGAUGAACCAGAGAUCAUUGAAACAGAGCCAGAGAUCGAGCUAACAACUGAAGCUCCUACAACUUUCCGUAGACAAGCUUUAGAUUCACCUAGGCAGAACCGCUUCCGGCAAGGCCGCCCUGACUUGUCUAAAUUGUUCCCCCGAAGAAACAGAGCUCUUCAGAAUGAAGCUUCAGAAGUGAGUCCUGUAUAUGUUGAAGCUGGGGGAAGGCGACUAACACAAGAAGAACUGGAUGAGAUUUUGGCACAAGAAGUUUCAGACACAAUUUUGAAUAGAAGAAAGCGUCAGGCAACAUUUGGGCAACGCACUUCCCGAGGCAAUUCAAGACCAAGCAGGAACAAUCCACCACCAGACACUAGUCGUAGAGCAAGAGUAUCACGUCCUACAGCACGUGUGGCUCCCUCUCCACCAAGAUCAAGCAAUAACUCUCCUUUCACACUUACCCCUGCACGUGGAAGGAGUCGUGCCCCAGAACCAGAGCCCAAGCAACCUACACCUCCUGCACCUGCACCUGCAAAGGAGAAUCCUCGAGCUCGAGGUUCUACGGCCCGCCAGUCAAGGACAACUCCUUCAAAUAGCCGCACUACCCUUCCACAAAGACCCAGAUCAAGCAGAACAAGGAGUGCUGUUCCCUUAGGAAAUAUUCGCGGAAGAGGAUUUAGACGUCCCUCUACAGAUAACAAUUUCCGUCCUUCCAGUAAAUUUACUCCUAAUCGUCAGUCUCCCAUAGUUCCUCCCACAAGAGGUGCUGCCAGGAGACCAACACUAAGUAGCAGUAGAGGCAGUACUCGUGACUCAGACCGCAACAAACCACAAGAAAACCCAAUAACUGCAUUCCGGAAGAAGCCGUCACCUGAAGUUCCAACAGAGCCACCUGCAAUCUUCCCUAGUGAUGAUGGAGGUUUCUUGAUUCAAGAAGAAAUCACUGUAACUCGCGAAAUCCCCGUGAAGGCCACUAUCCCAGUGGUUGAGAAUGGACAAACUCAGCAAAAGGAAGUUAUCACAGCUUCUCUACAAACGGAGAUAAUUCAGCCUGAUCAGAUCACACAAAGCACUAUUGAUGGAACUGUAAGGCUUGUACUUAGCACCUUUGCUGGAGAAAAUGAUAUCACUCACUAUGUUGUAGAUCCUGUGGAAACCACCACAGUGACACACACACGUACCUUCAUUGGAGGUCGCCGUACCUCUGUCCCUGUUGAGCUUCCAACAACUGCCUAUAGUGUUGUCACAGUGACAGAGACCAAGGCCGGUGGAGACAUCCAGCAACUGCUUUCAUUACUUCUUGGACAGCAACAGCAACAAAAUCCUCUGCUUGCUGCUCUUGGUUUGGGACAACCUAUGACCAGUGAGAGGGUGCACACACGUUCCUAUGUCACCACUGUCACUAAUCACAUAUCAACAGCAAUUCCUGUCAUAUUGCGUGGUAGAACUAUUCAGACCACCAUUGUAGAGAGUGAGGUGAAGGUUAUCACUGCUACGGAAUUAAGUACAGAAACUAUACUUACGCAAAAUACUGCAUCCCCUUUCAUCAAUCCUAACCCCCUCAACCAGCUCUUGCCAAUCCUCCUACAGGGUCAGUUGCAACAACAAUCUCCACAGAUGAGACCCACACGAGAGCCAUCAAUUGAUACACAGUCAAUCACCCCACAAUUGUUGGAACAGGCAUUAAAACAGCAAGAAGCAUUGAAAGCAGAAAACCCUCCCACACCAUCCCCACCAUUACCUACCCCAGUUGAAACUUCAAUUGUGACAUUAUAUGUCUCAGGAAAACGGCCAGGAGAGUUUUCAACAUUGCUGUCAACAGUGACUUUAAGUGGUGAUUCAACACGUAUCAAACGUGGUUCUCUCUCCACAAAGGAUGUGCAGCCAACAGUCCUUCCCCAUUACAUAGAGACAGACAAAGGUAUCUUCCAACUCCCAGAAACUUAUGAAGCAGAUGACAUGGACUGGUUUAUAAUGUCUGCUAUGAAUGAGAUUGACACUAGUGAUAUCAGAAAAGUGACACCAAGUUUAGAAUCUGUGUUAGGAGAUUUAAGUCAGUACUCAUAUCAGGCACCUGAAAGCAUUUCCUACAGAACGAGUCCUUUUUUAUGGGAGGGCCCCGCUGAGUCAACCCCGCUCAAGCGGAAUGUUCGUAGUGCACAAAGGGGUAGCAAUGAAAACCAAGGUGAACUUCGAUUCCCAGGUGCCAGGAAGAUCCAAGAUGGAACUCGUCAGCAGAUUGUUGAGGAUGAACGCCCCAUUCUUGGACAAUUCAAUAUUCCAGGUCUCAGAUUCCAGAGCCGUCUGAUUUCUGAGCAAAUCCAGCAGCUACAGGCACCAACAACCUACUACACAACAUUCACAUACUACACAACACUUGUUGAUGAUAUUGGGCGUGAGUAUUUGCAGAGCUCAGAGGAAACUAUCACUCAGUUGGCUACUCAUGGUAAUGUGCGAUUUGAUGAUUUUACCAGGAUUGGUGGAGAAUCACCAUUGUUAACUAGUGUUCCUAUACAGGCUAAAUUUACACUAGAGGAUGCCAUCAUUCCAGGAAAGCCAAGACCUGUUCCUGAUCCAGUAUUUAGAGAGCCAGAACCACCCUUUGGCCCAGUCGUCCGAGAAUCAGUUAUUCAGCCUCUCCAGUCAGGGAUUGAAUCCCAGGGUUCCAAAGCUCCAAGUGAAAUACCUGUUGAACCAUCCGAUGAGAGACCAUCUGGUCGUAAAGUUCCAUCAUCAGUAGCUGAGCAAUUGAUACCACAGCAGAAUCUUGCUUCUGAUCAGUUUGGAGAUCAGAUCAGUGAGGAAGACCCCGUAAACUCUGCACAAAAUCCUCGUCGAAUUGUCCUCACCCGUAAACGGCCUAUUUCCCAGCAGAUACCUGAAGAUAGACGCCGUGUUGUGAUUACUCGUAAACGGCCUGUUGGUCAAGAGGAUGAAUCUGAAGGUGAAGUAGUUCCAGUAGAUGAACCAGUAACCCCUGAACAGUCUCUCCAUAGAAUAGCUGCUUCUCCAUCCUCAAACUUCCUAGCAGAUGGUGACCUGAAAAGAAUUGAGAAUGCAGUCAAGUCAGAUGAACUUCAGGAAUCUAAUGGGCAGGGUAUAAUUCAAGGAACUAUAAAGGCAACACAUGAGAUCAUGGAAAUGGAAGAACAAGAUCAAGAGGAGGAAAUUCCAGGUAGUCCUGGUUCUAGUCGCCAAGUUCGUGUCACCGUCACCAAAAGACGACCAGUUCUACUUACGGAAACUGAAGAUAUUGCAGAUAAAACCACAACACUCUCAGGAGGGCGGCGACGUGUGGUGGUGACAAGGCGCCUUCCACAGCCGACAGUUGUAGCUAGUCCACUUCGUCCAUUGGUAGCUACAGUUAAUACUUUCUACACAGUGUAUUCUUAUCUCUACACUCUGUAUGAAAACCAGACCCCCUUCUCUGUCUCUACAAGGGAAGUAACUGUCUCAAAUCAAAUAGAUCCUACGAUUGUUUCAGUUUUACCUACUUUCCAUACAGGAAGGGCUGCUACUGGACUGUACACAUUAGAAAAUGGAUUCAGUGUUGCUACCUUGGGAGAACGAGUAGUAGAUACUCUUACUACACAGAUAUUCCUUGCAUCUGCAACGCUGAUAAACAUCACACCAGAAGCUGUCCAGAAAAAUACAGAACAGAAGCAGACAGAACAUCCUGGACUAACAACAGAACCACCAAUUAAUGUGCCUACUGAAGCAUCUACACCUCUUCAGUCUUCGCUGGCAGAGGAUGAAGCUGUUGUAUCUACCAACACACCAAUUCUUACAACCAGCAGCUUUAGAGCCACUCAAAGAGGACAGCAAACUUCACCCCCUAAUCAGAGAGGAAGAGGAGAAACAACGCGACCUGCAGAAGAAAUUACAACAGAGCUGGCAAAACCUACACCAUCAAGAGCAGGUCUAAGGAGCCGUGGACGAGGCACUGUAAGGUUUGUUGAUAAUCGUCAGCGUAAUCGCAUUACAGUCACUAGGCGACGGCCAGUAUCACCAGCAACAAGGGAACCAAGGCCAGAUCCCAACACCGGAACAGUUCCUGAGAGUGAGACAAUAGCCACCCCUGAAGAAGAGACAUUCCUAAAGACUGAAGAGCUUGAUGAGUCUCCCAAACAACCAGUUACUGAUUCUUCAAGGACUCGUCAAAGGCCAACCGCAGCUACUCCCACAAGACAACGUGGAAGGCCUACCACUUUCAGACAGCCAGAAGAUUCAGUUACAGAUGAUAUUUCUGAGUCAUCUCAGCCUACCAGAAGGCCUUCCGUUUUCAACCUUCCAAGUAACCGACGACAGCCAGAAACACCUCCCUCGAGAUUCAGGGACAGAGUUACACCUAAACCAACUGAGGAGCCUAUUACUGAAGAAGCUGAAACUGAAGCUCCUCCAGUAACUGAUGCUCCUGUGCCCUCUCCGACCCCAACUAAGCCUACAAGGCCUCCUCGCACUUCCCUGCGAAGAGAUGACAUCCCUAUCAUUCGACGCCCUGGUAGCUCUCGUCCUACACGCCCCUUCGUGCAUCAAGAUGACUCGAAAACGCCCGAAUCAAAGCCAAAUCUUAGAUUCACGCCUGCACCGGAACCCAAACCCACAGAUCCUCCACUGCUGGAAGACAUUGAUCCUUUGGAAGGUGACGUUGCUCUUGAUGAUUACUAUUAUGAUGAUGAUUAUUAUUAUGAUGAUUAUUAUUAUGAUGAAAAUGGUGAUGUACUUCCAUUGGAUGAGACUACAGGAACUGAAGAACUUCCACUGAGUGAAGCCACCGGAGAUGAAGCCCUUCCAGUGGAUGAGUCCACUGGAGCCGAAGCCCUUCCAGUGGAUGAGCCAUCUGAUGUUACACCAAAGACCUCCACUCCCACAACCACAACCUCGAGGCCAAGAUUUGUAAGACCAACACAGCUAACCUUCACUACUAGCUCCUUUGACAUCAUUGAGGCACUGAAGCGCGAACGAACUUACACUCAGAUCGUGGCUCCCACCCGCACACGUGGCCAAGGCACACGUCGACGCACCCGCACUCAGGAGCCAUCCACUACUUCGUCUAUGGCUUCUAACGUGGUGUAUAGUACCUAUGCCACUACCACACUGCUUCCAAUUCUUGGCGGAGAGCAGUCGAUUACACUUACCAUUCUGACUUCUACACUCACCACUCUGGCUGAGGAAGAAAUCCACCUCAUCACCGAUUCCCCAGAGCUCUUUGAUCCGGCCCUCAUCACCACCACCACAGGCGCACCUUCUCUUUCUGUCCCCCUGUUGAGCCUGUCCUCUGUCUCACUCUCGCCCACCGCGGCGGCUGCGUCUCCGGAUGCCUCACCAACCCUCUCGCUGUUCACUGAGGACGUGGUGGCCCCCACUACUGACACUGAGUCCCAAGUGUCGCCUACCCUUCCUGCACCCCAGCAGUCCUCCUCUAGGGCUUUCGGCUUCGGAGGAUCCUUUGCUGGAAUUGCAGGGUCAGGACAGGGGUCGGGUCGGGCGGUGGGUGUACAGCCCGGGUCAAACCUGGUGGGCGUCCUGGAGCCGAGUGAAGGCGACCCGAGCGGGCAGCGUCUUGGGGCGCGGUUCAGCGUCGGCGCCAGGCACAAUCUCGCCACCAGGGUCAUGAGCAAUGGCGUCGAGGUCAUUGUCGCGGGAGACAAGACGGCUUCUCCGCGACCACAGGAGCAGGCAAUCACCAACAACUUCGAAAAAUUCCGUCGACCGAUCACGCUGCCUCCGUCGACGCUUUCCGAUCACAUGCUGCUGUUCGCGUCCCUUGAGCCGGAGCAGGUGACUCAGCUCGCCGGCGGGGAUGACGGUGCCUUCCAGACUAACACGUACUUCACGACCUACACCUACUACAACACGCUCUUGGCUGGCAACCGACCUUUCGUCAUCACCAGCAAGCAGACGGUGCAGAACGUCGUGACUGUUCCUCUGCCGGACACCGGGUCAUUCAUUGAGAGGACGGAGGUGACCUUCGACACGGAGACGUACUUCACCACGCAGACCUUCACCCGCACGGGCGCCAACGACAAGGUGGAGACGUCGGAGGAGGUGCUGACGCAGGUGGUGAUCACGGAGGCGCCGUCCGUGCAGCGCUCGACCGUCGCCCCGAGCAGCACGUCCCUCAUCACCAAGACCUACUUCACCACGCUCACCUACUACAACACGGCGCAGGACGGCCAGAUCAGCAGCGAUACGGUCGUGUCCUCGGAGGUGGUGACGGAGACGACCUACGCGACGCCCACGCCCACGCUGGAGGGCGAGGCCGCUGUCACCCUCACCCCGACGCCCGCGCUUCAGCCCGAGGUGUCCUUCAACGCCGAUCAGGACGAGCUGGUGGUGUACGCCACCAAGACGCUGUACACGACGCUCACGUACCUGACCACCAUCCUGGAGGGAAGCGAGACCAUCACGGCGUCCAGGAUCGAGGUCUCGUCGAACAUCGUCACGGAGCCGCUGACGUCGGCCCUGAGCUCGGAGGAACUGAAUUCCAUCAGGAGCUCUUACCUGUCGGAACAGCUGAGGCCCUCCGUCGCUGCUGAGCCAGAGCCCCAGACCGUCAUGUACUAUCACAUCCGCGAUAACCUGUACAAACAGCUACGCACUUUCUUCGCUACGUACACACACUACACCACGAUGAGCGGCGGGGAAGUACUCUCGCGGCUGGAGACCAAGACGAAGAUCCUCACCUCCACCGUGACCACGGCCAGCGUUCCAGCGUCCCUCCUCAUCAACCCCACGGCUGCCGUCGAGCCUAUCUUCGCGACCGACUUUGCCUCGUCUGCAGGAACGAGCCUGCAGCUGGACCCAUCCUAUCUGUCUUCACUGAAGAAUUCCUUCUUGGCAGGUCGACCCACUGUGGGUGAUCCAGGCGAGGGAGGCCUCACAGCCACAGUACUGGUGGAAGAGGGCGAUGCCUCAGGCACUUUCGUGGUUAGCGACUCCACCACAUCAGCCACUCUGCUGGUCCGUCCCACAGACGAGCCUUCGACUUCGUCCAUCAGCGGCCAGACGAUUGUGAUCGUCGACUCGGCGCACUUGUCGUCCCUGAAGUCUUCCUACCUGGCUUCGCUCUCGGCACAGCUGGCGUCCACAAAGGUACCAGAUGUCGAGUCCACUGUUAGUCCUUCACCAACCGUGGUCCCAGCCACAGGAGCCUCCGUGAUGCCUGACGAAGGAGACCCAUCCACGACGACACCAGAUCCAGAAACCGAUCCUACUAUUACUACAUCCGUCCUCAAUGAAACCACAGUCGUGCCAGGCACCGAUGGCACGCCGACAACGUUGGGUCCAGGCGAUACAGUCGUUGUCGUGGACCCUGGCGAUGGAGGCGAAACGACCAUCCUGCCAGAGGUGCCCUUCACCGUGCGCCCUGACUUGCCCAACCCCGACGAGCUCUUCCCAGGAGGAGUCAUUCCUGCGGCAGCCAGCGGCGAUUCUUCCUCUGGUGGCAGCUCCUCUUCCUCAUCCUCCUCCUCCUCCUCCUCCUCCUCCUCGAGCGACGGUGGCUCAGAAGCCGCCGAGGGCAGUUCUGGCGGCAUCAGCAUCACAGGGUCUGGAAAUAACGGCCUGAACAUCGACCUGGGUCCGAUGCUGACGGCCGUGGCUGGCAUUCUCCGCAACAAUCUCAACAGCCAGAUUGCGGCCAAAUCCGACGACAACCGCAGGAAGAUCAACUCCCCCCUGCGACCUCCCAACACUCUCAUUUCCGCACAGCGUGAGCCUCUGCUGAUCCCUGUGGGUGGUGUGGGGGCUUCGCUGAGCAGCUCUCGUGACCACACCGAGGGCCCCGAGCAUGGCUUCAUUCCUCUCAGACGCCCAACAGCUCCUGAAACGCAUCCCCGAUUCCCUGCGGGCGCCCAAGAGCCACCGCGAGGCGCACCGGCGUUGAAUGCCAACCCAGGCUUCAUCAAGAUCGUGCCCGAGCUGCCAGACCUUCCCACCCCCAUCCAUUUUGAUGAAAUGGAAAAGUUCGGCCCCACUUUCCUCCCGCCACAGAAGACGCAGUCCGGCUUCACCGCCAUCACCACAGAGUCUCUGGGACCGACACGCGUGUCUGUGAUUUCCGGAUCUCAGACCAUCUUCUUCGGCGGAGUUGAUCUGCAGGAUCUGCCUCCGCCAGGCCAGCCAGCGCCGACAUCCGUGCAAGGCGCAAGUGGCUUCGAGCGCACGUCCUUCUUCCUGCAGCCCAGCCAACCCGUCAUCCUCGAGGAGACGAGACCCAUGCCGGUGCCAGUCCGAGUGCCGGUGCCAGGCGACGGCGGACCCAUCCCGCUCCCAGUGACACCGCAGUCCCUGGGCGAUCAGCUGGCGGUGGGAGACACGCAGCCGGACGGGAUAUUCUCGAGGCCGUCACCGCUGCUCCCUCAGCCCUCCCGAGUGGGACCGGCCACGAUCGUCAGCAUAGAAGGGGACAACCGCAUCGUCGGCACUCAGAUCGUUCACGCAAGGCCGAUCGACACUUACCGGCCUGAGCCCUCCGUUAUCGUCUCGCCCGCACGAGGCGAGUUCGUGCUGCAGUCCACUGUGGGCGUCGGCAUCUUGUCGAGUGACUCCGAGAACGACCAACGGCCACGCCCGCCUCCGGGUCUAGAAGGAACCGUUCUGACAGGCCUCGAGACCAUCCUCGUGGGCCAGGGGGCCGACAGCGGACGCACCACCGUGGUCCGUGGCUCCUCGACCGUGAUGUCAGGCGCCACUACCAUCUUCAAACCUCUGUUCACCCGACCUGCAGCAAAUAACGAGCCUUUGGGUGACCUGACCUCCGUGGUGACAGGCCCGGGCGGUCUCCCCACGCAGUACAUCACUCGCGUGGAGACGGAGGCUCGCACCAUCACCGCUACACGCACUGACGUCCUCUACACGGGCGGCAUCACAUCCACGCUGACGCAGGUGAUCCGCAGCACCCUGCCCCUGCGCACCAUCGUCACCACGGUCGUCGGGACAGCCACGCAAGUCAACUACAUCACGGCGACGGCGCCCGCGGACGGUGCCUUCCUCCCCGGCGACCCCACCACGUACCCCCCGGGUUCGCCCUUCGACCCGGCCAACUACCCGUCCUUCCCCCUGGACGCCCAGCCCGGGGACGGCGACCUACGACUCCCCGAGGACGCCGAGGUGGUGCUGAACGAGGCCAGCCUGGGCAUCGCCGAAGACAACGAGAUCAGCCGCGUGGUGGAGAGCAAGAGCCCGGACCAGGAGAUCACCGUGGGGGGCCCCGUGCGCGCCGCCGUGUCCCCGUGCGACCCACAGUGCUCCGCCGCGCGCCACGAGGUGUGCAGGCUCGUCCGCGGGGCCUUCGCCUGCGUCUGCCGAGCGGGCUACGCCAGGAGAGGCAGCGCUGAUGCAUGCAAACCAUCGGCCGCCUACAACGUGCACAUCCUGCUCGACCGCGUGAGCAACGAUCAGCUGAUCUACAACUCCCUCUUACGCAACGCCUCGCACCCAUUCACCAUUGAGCUUUCCAACGAAGCCACCUUCGGCAUCGACCAGGCUAUGCUCGGCUCUCACCUGGCGCCUCGCUACCACGCCGCUACCAUUACCAAGUUCAUGGAUACGAAGGAGACCGUGAUGCCAGCCUCUGUGGGAAAUAUGGACCACGGGCUGAUAGCCGAAGUCAAGGUGGAGAUCGCUCGGGGCGACGCCGACGGCACCGAGUACGAGGAGGAGAUCAUCAGCGAAUCGGUGGUGAAGGAGGCCCUCGAGUCGUCCUUGAGGAACACCAACUUCUCCUUGGGCGGCACCGAGCUCUUCGCCAACCGCGCGGUGUCGGUGUUGGCGGCUCAGGACUUCGACGAGUGUUCGACGGUCGACCACAACGACUGCUCCGACAAGGCCCACUGCUUCAACACCCUCGGCUCCUUCCUGUGCGCCUGCAAGGACGGCUUCAAGGACAUGGACGACAUGCCGGGCAGGCAGUGUGCUGUCCAGACAGAGCAGUGCGCCUUCUGUAACUUCCAAGGAGAGUGCGUCGAGAUGGCUGACGGUUCCUACGGGUGCCGCUGCCUCCAGUGGUUCAGCGGCGAACAGUGCCAGAUCAACCUUAGAGUGUUGCUGAUCGUGCUGGUGACUGUGGGCUCCCUGCUGAUCAUGCUGCUGAUGCUGUGCCUCGUCCUCUGCUGCCUCAGAGCAAGACGCAACACGAGGAAUAAGCUCGGACAGAUGACCGGCGCGCCCACGUUCCUCCGGGCGAGAGGGGCGGGCAUGGGCAGCACCCUCGACCGCCGCGCCAUGAUUCACGAAACCUCCUCCGAGAGCUCGGCCGAACGCCCGCGGUCGCCGCCCACGUCGUUCAUGCCUCCGCCCCCGCCCAUGCCGCAGGACAAGCCCCAGCGCCCCCCGAGGCCCCCCAGGUCGGACAUCAGUGCCAGCAGGCAGUCCCGGACCUCCUUCGCCGAGGACCGCUCCGUCGGACUCCACACGACGCUGCCUCCCGUGCUGAUCCCGCGCGUGAAGGGCCCCGCGCCGCGCCGCCCUUCCGUCGUGAGCCGCGGCGAGAACGGCGAGCCGCGCGUGAUGAUCGGCGCCGACGCGCGCUCUGACCUGGCGGCGUCGCAGCAGGCGUACGUGGACCUGCUGGAGCCGUCGACGGCCUCCAUCGCCCCGAGCCACCACGGGCGCAGCAGCAGGAGGGAGAGCCUGACCGCCGCCUCCGUCCACUCCAGCCACGCGCGCAUCAACCGCUCGAGGUCGCAGUCCCGCGAGCGACUCACGGACACGUUCCUGCACCACCACCUCCCGCAGGGCUCCAUGCGCUCCAGGUCCUCCGACAGGCUCCACCACAGCAACCACGACCUCCACUCCGAGUUCGGGGUCAACUUCUCCUUCAGGCACGACGGGGAGAGGAGUGAAGCCAGAUCCUACGACGAAACGACAGUCAGGCCGCCCGUUAGAACCGUGGGCCCUGACAGCUUCUACUCCUCGAAAGCGCUGUCUUCCCAACACAUUUCUGACGAGCACCAGACGAUGGCAGAACGUGACGGGGGAUCUACGCUAGUUUAUCCGCAGACAGAACUAUACAGACCCGUUCGUGACACCGAUUCGCUAAGCGACAUGAGCGACCACCACUCCAAGGCCACUUCGAGCAGAGCAGCUUCCAGAAGCUUCUUCUCGUGAGGUGUCUCCUGAGAGAUGUCACUCAAUCGGUGCUGUCAGACUGAUGUCAAUCGCGUUGUUACGUCAAGAUUGUGACUUCUCUGUGGCGUUCCUAAAGUCCGCUGACUACGACCCUCUCCGUUUUCUUCGGUUACUUGAACAAGAUGGGUAAACUGUGCUAAAUCAAGUAGUGUAUAGAGUCGCUAGGUCAAGGCACGUAUGUCGGGCUGUACUGUCCAAAUAUCGGGCUUGACUGCAAAAAUAUAGUCAUGUUUUUUUCCGUUUUUUUUCCCCAAUUCUAUUUCAUUGUACUUUUUUUCCAACUCUUGUUUUUUUUGGAAAUAAUCUUGUUAUUUAGCCGUUGAGAACACACGCCCUUUGUCACUGCGCAUAGCAUAAGCAACAGUGAAAAAGGGCGGGGGAAGUAUGAUUUAGAAGAAAAAGGUAUAUAUUUUUCAGUUGUGUUUUUACCUCUGACUGUGUGCUUGCUCUCUACACUAGAGACCAAGAGUGUAAGGCCAAAAAAAUGGUUGUUUGCCAUUUAUGAUUACGCAAUUGCCUCUAAUUUUCAGAGGUGCUUUUGUAAUUGGCUAAAAAAAAUUGGAAAAGAAAAUGGGGACGCUCGAUUUGUUCAGAAGGGUGGACUAUUUUUUUUUCUUUUGCCACCCAUUUUGGUGCCUACUAUUUUCUCUGUAAAAAAAAAAUGAACAUUAUGUAAUAAUGAUAAAUGUAAAGCAAAGAAGGUCACAAAUAGCUUGAGGAAAGUGAUUUUAUUUGCUCAAGAAGGCUUUGAUAAUAUUUAUUUAUUUUUGAUGCUAUAGUUGUCACAAACACAUACAUAUAUAUACAUAUAUUUUUUUUUAUCUGUUUGCUGUUUCGUAAUACCUGUGAACGCUGGUGACGGCAUUUCUUACCCUUUUUGUGACCUCUUUUGCUCUUUUAUGAUAUAUAUAUAUAUAAAUAUGAAUAUAUUUUCCUCCCCCACAUACAAAAAAAAAAUCAUUGAUGUCCAUUUAUUGUAAUUAUAUAAAAUGCUUCUUAUUUUACCUUUUUACUGUUUUCAUGUAAAGUAAGAAAUAAAUUGUUUUGUUAGUAUACUUGUAAUUACUAAUAAGUAUGUUUUGGGGUAAUGUUCAUUCAUUUCGUUUCGCAAAUGAGACUU